GGUUCUCGCGUUGCCAAUUCCGAUUUCAUACCACUAAAGCCCAUCAAUCCGACUCCUAUUUUGGCCCGAUUGGGGAAAGAGAUUCGAGUUUCCAACCACCGGGAGGAGGGCAUUCCGGUCAUUUCGCGCCCCCCUGUCCGGUGGGAGAAUCAAAAGGAGGGGAAGAAAGAGCUGAGAACGGAUUUCAACCAGUCCGUCGCCACGAGCGACGAGAGAUCAGUUCAGAAAUCGGAAUCUGAGGAAGAAGAAGCACCCGCCGCCGCCACCGCGCCGCCGCCGCCGCCGCCGACGAGCCGUCGCGAGAGAGAGAGAGCGAGCGAGCUCAUGCAGAGGUCGAAAACCUAGCCAUCUCUGUUACGAGGUGGUUGACAUAUACGCGCACAAAUUCCUAACUCCACCAAUCUCUCUCUCUCUCCCUCCCUUCCCCCUACACUCACCUACCGUCUCCAUCUCGCCCCCGAAACCCUCCCCACCCCACCCACUUCCCAACCAUGCGACGGCCCGGGGCCACCGCGGGCGCGGCGGGUUUCGCGGCGGCGGACGCCCGAUCGCCGCCGGAGAUCAGGUACCGGGGCGUGCGGAAGCGCCCGUGGGGCAAGUUCGCCGCCGAGAUCCGGGACCCGGCAAAGAAGUGCCGGAUCUGGCUCGGCACCUUCGCCACCGCCGAGGACGCGGCCCGGGCCUACGACGCGGCGGCGCGCGAGAUCUACGGGGCCAAGGCGCGGACGAACUUCGCCGCGGACCCCCAGUCCGUCGGCUCCCAGGCCACGGGCCUCGACCAGGCGCACAACCGGCCCGACCUCGAGGUCGCCAGCGACGGCUUCGACGCCAGCCGGCCGACGAGCAGCAGCUUGAGCAGCACCGUGGAGUCGUUCGGCGGGCCUAGGGUUGCGAACCGGGUCCCGGUGGCCGUCGCCGUCGCCGCCGCCGCCGACCGGAGACCGGUCCAGCCGGUUCCGGGCGACGAUUGCCACAGCGACUGCGGUUCCUCCUCGUCCGUGGUCGAUGAGGUGGAGGACUGCUGCGCGACGCCGGCGCCGGCGCCGCUCAGCCGCCGAGCUCUGCCGUUCGAUCUCAAUCUUCCACCGCAGAUGGACUGCGCCGGCGGCAGCGACGAGCUCAACGGUGAUGAUCUGGCCACUGCUCUGCGCCUGUGAAGUGAUGAUGAUUUAUGGCCUCUGGAGUUUGUGUUAUCUUCCAUCUUCCUGGCUUCAAACUUUUAUCUUUCCCACUCUCAUUGAUUGAAAAAAAAAGAAAUCUGGAAAAAAACUUGGCUGCUUUGGUUUUUUUCGCCGAGUUAGAUUUUUAGUUCGAAAAGAUUCACGAACUGUGGCUGCCCGACAUGAUCUGACUGACGAGCCCAAACAAUUGUACGUAUGAAUUUGAAGAUUGAAGUUGGAUCAUGUGAAUAUGAUGCAGUGUUCCUCUCUUUUGA